AUGAGGGGAUUUACACUUUUCCCUCGCCUUCAGCACAAGACAACCCUUCUGUUGAUUUUCUCCGGACAACCUUUGAGUGGCUUGUGGACUGGUCUCCGGCAGUGGCUUGAUGUUGUCGGAGAGGACUUCAAGGAAUUGCCCAACACCCAGGUUUUUAAACUUCAUUGCGAAGAGGGCUGGUUCAAUCGCAGAACACAUCAGCUCACCAAAUUCCAGCUGAGACGCCAGGUGGAUGAGAGCGAAAUCUGGUCAACGUUUGUUUAUCGUGGUGCCUGGAAAUGGGAAUACGAACAUGCUUUGCACCUUUACAACAAGGAUUUGCCCGUGGUUCUUUUGCUAGAUGCCGUUGGGUAUAUCAGGUGGCAUGCAGUUGGGCUGCCGACAGAUGAAGCCACGCAAAUCUUCCGGAGUUUGGCUAAAAGGUUGGCACACGAGAAGCGAAACUUUACGUGA